AGUGCGGCGGGCAGCACUCGCCGUCUCCAGCACUCGCCGUCUCCAGCACUCCAGCACGCGCGGGCACUCGCAGCUCGCCUUCCCCCGCUCCACGCGCACACGCACGCCCACGAUGAAGCGCAAGGUCGGCGCCCUCGAGAAGAUCGAGGCGGAUCAUGCGGCGCUCCGCUUCAAGAUCAAGCGCGACCCGCAGAGCUACCGCGACGACUUCAGCAACCAGUGGCAGCAGUACGAGACGCUGCGCGACCUGUUCCUGCAGAGCCCCUCGACGCAGGGAACGGGGCUGGCCGAGCUCAAGGACCUGAUCGAGUUUGUCUCACACGUCGCCGACCUCUACCCGGACCUCACGGCCCAGUUCCCCGGCGACCUGCAGCAGAUGCUGCUGCAGCACCACGGCGUGCUCGAGUACGAGCUGCGCGACAAGAUGGUCGGCAGCCUGUGUCUGCUGCGCAACAAGGACGUCAUCGGCUCCGUCGCGCUGCUGACGACGCUGUUCCCCGUGCUGAUUGCUACGCCGAGCAAGUCGCUGCGCCAGCUGCUCUUCACCAAGAUGCUGUCGGACCUGCGCUCCGCCAACGUCCGCACGACCAACCACAAGCUCAACCGCACCAUGCAGACGGUCCUCUACAACCUGCUCGAGUCGGACCGCGAGUCGCCCAAGGGCAUCUGGGCGGUCAAGAUGACGCGCGAGCUGUGGAAGAAGCAGAUCUGGACCGACGCGCGCGCCGUCGAGGUCAUGCGCCUGGCCGCCCUGAGCGACAACGAAAAGGUCGUUGCCGGCGGCGUGCGCUUCUUCCUCGGCGGCGACCAGGAGCGCGAGGAGGCUGCCGACGAGAGCAGCGACGACGAAAACGUCGACAUGUCCAAGCUGCGCCACCAGGCCGGCAUCAACAAGAAGACGAAGAAAAAGGCCCGCGACCUGCGCAAGGCCGCCGCCACGGUCAAGCGCAAGGAGAAGAAGAAGGCGGCCCCGCACCCCCUCAACUUCUCCGCCCUGCACCUGCUGCACGACCCCCAGGGCUUCGCCGAGUCCCUGUUCGCCAAACACGUCCAGAACACAAAGGCCCGCCUGCAGCUCGACACGCGCAUCCUCGUGCUGCAGCUCGUCUCGCGCCUCGUCGGCCUGCACAAGCUCACCGUGCUGUCGCUCUACUCGUACUUUCUCAAGCACCUCACCCCGCGACAGGCCUCGGUCACCAGCUACCUCGCCUGCCUCGCCCAGGCGACCCACAACUACGUCCCGCCAGACGUCCUGGAGCCGCUCGUGCAGAAGAUUGCCAACGAGUUUGUCUCCGAGGCCUCGGCUUCUGAAGUCGCCGCCGCCGGCCUGAACGCCAUCCGCGAGAUUUGCGUGCGCCAGCCGCUCGCCAUGACCGAUACAUUGCUGCAGGACCUUGUCAUGUACCGCAAAUCCAAAGACAAAGGCACCAUGAUGGCCGCCAAGGGCCUGCUCUCGCUGUACCGCGAAGUCGGCGCCGACCUGCUGCACAAGCGCGACCGCGGCAAGGACGCCGCCAUGGGCAUCCGCGCGGGGACCAUCAAAGAGCAGCGCUACGGCGAGGAAGCCGCGGGCGGCAUCGCCGGCAUCGAGCUACUGUCGGCCUGGAAGGACGACGAGCGGCGCAAGAAGCGCGUCGCAGCAGGUCUGGACCCGGACGGCAGCGACGGCGACUCGCAGCUCGACGACGCCGAGGACUGGAACAAGUGGGAGCUCGACAGCGACAGCGACAGCGACGAGGAAGGCUGGAUCAACGUCGCCAGCGACGGCGAGGACAUCCACCUCUCCGACUCGGACGACGAGCAAGCGCCCCAGGCGAAGAAAGCCAAACUCGCGCCUGCCGCGCCGACGGCGGAUCCUAAGCCCGCCGACCCCGCCGCGACAGAAGCCCACAUCGCCAAACUCCUCACCACCACAAUUCUGACCCCCGCCGACCUAAAACAGCUCAAGGACCUGCAGUCCAACGCGCAGAUCAACGCACACCUACCGUCGCAAAAGCGCCUCGCUGCCCUCGCAGCUCGACACGCAGACACGCCCAUAACAGCAGCCGACAUUGAAGCCGCCUCGGGCCUCGGCCAGAAAUCAACAAAGGAAGAGCGCAUCGCGCUCGCAAAAGCGGACCGCGAGCCAACGCACCAGAGCACAACGGCGAAGCGCAAGGCCAAGAAGGAGGCCGAGGGCAAGAGCACGACGAACAAGGAGAAGGCGAGGAAGAAGAAUUUCCUCAUGACGCUUGGUAAAGCGAAGAGCAAGAAUAAGAGGAGUUUGGGCGAUGUGAAGAAGACGCUUGCUGGGCACAUUGAUAGGAAGAAGAGGGGUGGUAAGAGGGGGAACAAGGGGAAUUAGUCGUAAGAGGGAAAACAAGGGAAAAUAGUCGCUGUGGCUCUUGUUAUGCCUGGAAGAGUUCAGAUACCCGAAUAGACCGUCACGUGCGAUUGUGUUGUGUG